CAAGUCACCGACCUGUCCAACUCACGUGCGUUCCAGGUGCAAAAACAUUCCCGCCCAAAGUCGUUAAGAAUCCGAACUAACAAAGAACCCCAAAAUCAAAACCCUCGUAAAUUCACAAUUCACAACCUCACAAAUCCACCCAAAGAAGAAAAAAUGCAGCAGAGACUUUGGUCUUACUCUUCUCGAGUGCCUGAUCAAGAGCAUACUGUUGUGGCCAUUGGCAGCGCAGCUCCACGGCAACCGCAGCUGAAGCACCACCACCACCACAAUCCGAGAACAAACCCAGAUGGCCUUCCGCACUACGACCCGCGUUCUGGCUUCGGAAAGAAGGAGGGUUCUUGGAGAUCGGUGUCGGCGGAGAAGUGGAUCCAUGUCAUUCCUGUGAUUGUGCUCUUCUGCCUCUUUGUGCUCUGGUGGUUCUCUGUUUCAGUAAAAGUGGUGAGCAUUGACGGCAGAAUUACAGCUAUACGUGAAACUGAGAUACCACUCCCUCUCAACGAGACUCGAAUUCAUAUCGCAAUCUUGGCAGCUGCUGCUAUGUCACCAAUAGCCUCGGUUCCUCAGAAUCUCACAGUGAACAAUGCAACUGAAGUUCCAAGUGCUGAGAAAAAAUGAC